AUGGAAUAUGAGACUCGAGCGUGGACUGCUGGCUGGGACUAUAUAACGGACCUCUUUCGCCUGCUUGAGUAUGCCAUCUUCAGUCUUCGCGGAUGCAAGAACCGUAAACCUGCAUUAGCAGUAUUCUGUGAGCGUCCGUCACCCGUCACACUACUUGAUGGGUUGGCUCGUCUCAAAGGGGCCAAGCCUCGAAUUCUAACAGAAUUUCCUGGGCCCGACGAGAUCCUUCGAAGCAAUCGUUGCAGAUAUAUGAAUGUGCAAAUCACCUGCACUGAAGCGCUCGUCAACAUCAUGGCGUUACUUUACUGUCAGGAACCUGCCUCCGAAAUCAUGACCAUCGCCAAGAUGUUCCUGGACGACAUUACUAAAGCGGAUCUCAUCAUGUUCAAGAUUGCGGGCAGCCAGAUUGUACACCAAUUACUUGGUGUUGGUCACAUUGUCUACAACACAUCUCGCAGCGAGAAUGGCAGAUAUUGGCCUGAGGCAAAACGACUGAUUGAAUUUUUGGGAGAUCUGGUGAACGAUCUUGAGGACAUCCCUUCCGCGGCAGAAGCUGCGGCCAGGUUGUUUCGACUUGCAGAAGCUACCUUGUGA